ACCAAUAAACCGAGCGGAAAACCCGGUCGCGGAGGAGGCCGCGUGGGGCGCGCGCGCGAGCGAGCUGUGAGCAUCGCCGUUCCUCUCGCGCUCUCGGCUGUCUCGCUCCUUCCCGCGGUCGCCUCCGCCCGUGCCCGUGCCCGUGCCCCGUCCCAACUCCCACCCAACAUUUCCCAAUCCCUCCGGGCUCCGGCACCGCGAGAUGUUUCGUUAGCCAUUCCCACGACACAAUCAGCACCACCGGUGCCCUCGCUGCCAAGGCGCCCGCUCGUGUGACGAGUGGCGCUCCACCACCGCCCAUUGCGCGCUCAGCUCCGAGGCCUCCCGCUCGCCGCGGCAUCAUCUCCGGCUCCUCCCGCCGCCGUGGGCGUCAUGAAAUGAACCUGACUUGCUUGAGUUGCUUCUUGACACCAUAAGAAGGCGAUCCAUCUGUUUCCAGUUGCACACAGAAAGCUAGUGCCUUGAAAGAUAAGAAUGGUAAGGGGGGCGGUAGGUGUCCUAAGAUGAAACUGCGGUUGCAUCUGUUGGUCCUGUGCGUGAUCAUCAUAUUCCUGGUGUACAACAUGGCUAGCUUUCAACAUAAGCAGACAUCGUCGGAAGCAAAAUCCCAUCCAUUUGAUACAGUGACGGUCUCUGACAGAGAUGCUGUUAAGUUGCCCCAAAAAGCUGAGGUUAGGAUUGGUUAUUUACCCCAUGGUAUAGUGGAGUCUAACUCCGACAUGAAGUUGAAACCGUUGUGGUUGACAACAAGUGCGCAGUCAAAGAAGUCUAAACAAAAAGAUCACUUCUUGAUUGCUAUUGCUGCCGGUAUAAAUCAAAAGAAAAGUGUGGACGCUAUAAUGAAGAAGUUUCUUCCAGAAAAUUUUACAGCUGUAUUGUUCCAUUACGACGGGAAUGUCAAUGGGUGGAAUGAUCUACCAUGGAGCAAAAGUGUGAUACAUAUAGCUGCUUCUAACCAGACUAAAUGGUGGUUUGCAAAGAGGUUCCUCCAUCCUGCUGUUGUGUCUAUGUACCAGUACAUCUUUCUUUGGGAUGAAGACCUGGAAGUAGAUAACUUUAAUCCGAGAAGGUACUUAAAUAUAGUUAGAUCAGAAGGACUGGAGAUAUCACAACCAGGUCUUGAUUCUAAGCUUUCUGAAAUUCAUCACCGAAUAACUGUUCGUAAAAAUACAGGGACCUUUCAUAGAAGAGUUAGUCGGGCUAACAAACGUUGUUUAAGAGAAGGACCGCCUUGUUCUGGAUGGGUCGAAGGCAUGGCACCGGUUUUCUCAAAGUACGCUUGGCAAUGUGUGUGGCACCUUAUACAGGGUGACAGGACAAAGAACAUCGGCGUAGUUGAUAGUGAAUUUAUAGUUCACCGAGGAGUGCAGACAUUAGGAGGUUCUACAAUAACAAAGGAUGGUAUUCGUGGCAAAAAUGCCCAGUCACUCCGCCAGAAAGCAGCUCAAGUCCAAAAAUCGAGAGGGAGGGAUCCUGGCCUUGAUAUGCGAACAAAGAUCCGGAGAAAAUCACGAUCGGAGCUUCGUGAUUUCCAGAAGCGCUGGGCCCGGGCUGCAAGGGAAGACAGAACAUGGGUUGAUCCGUUUGCCCACUCCCGAAGAAAGCGGAGGAAUAGAAACCCACAGUAGAUAAGCAUAAUCAUCAUUGUUUAAGCUUGCACAGAAUUCGUCUGCACCUACCAUCUAGGGUGUGUUUGAUAUAGCUCCAGAGCAGAAUUCUAAGGAGGAGCUAGCAAGAGUCUACUAAACACUCGUAACUCUAGAGUUGCAAACUCCAUAAAGUUUUCAGAGUUGUAGUACAUAUAGUUGGAGUACUUCUUUUGCUGCUCUGAAAACUUAAAAAAACAACCUAGACGUGGAGUUUGGAGUUAUUUAUCCGCCACUGUCAUUGGUUAUGAGAAAAUAAUUUAAAUCUGGAGUAGAGCUGCUUCAUCCAGAGUUUUGAAGUGGAACUGCUCUAAAGUAGAACAGAGUUAUACCAAACAUGCCUUUAGUGUAUAUAAUUGCAUGGUUCGAGUGGGAGUUGUGAGCUCA